GCGGCGCAGGCGCAGUGUCCCCGGGCCAAGAUGGCGACGCGGUGUUCCGCACGCUGGUUGCUGGUGGCAGUGGGGACCCCCAGGCUGCCGGCUGCAGCGGGGAGAGGGGCCCGGCCGCUUAGGGAGGGCGUGGUGGGGGCGUCCCUGAGCCGCAAGCUGAGCGUCACUGCCUUCGCGCCUUACCUGGGCGCUCGUGGCCCCCGGGCGCUGCUGACAUUGAGACCCGGUGUCAGCCUCACAGGAACAAAAAGUUACCCUUUUGUUUGUACUGCCUUCUUCCACACGAGCGCCCCUUUGGCAAAAGAAGAUUAUUACCAGAUAUUAGGAGUGCCCCGAAAUGCCAGCCAGAAAGAGAUCAAGAAAGCCUAUUACCAGCUUGCCAAGAAAUAUCACCCUGACACGAAUAAGGAUGAUCCCAAAGCCAAGGAGAAGUUCUCCCAGCUGGCAGAGGCCUAUGAGGUUUUGAGUGAUGAAGUAAAGCGGAAGCAGUAUGAUGCCUACGGCUCUGCUGGCUUUGAUCCUGGGGCCAGCAGCUCCGGGCAGAGCUACUGGAGGGGAGGCCCCACUGUUGACCCCGAGGAGCUAUUCAGGAAGAUCUUUGGGGAGUUCUCAUCAUCCUCAUUUGGAGAUUUCCAGAGCGUGUUUGAUCAGCCUCAGGAAUACGUCAUGGAGUUGACAUUCAAUCAAGCUGCUAAGGGGGUCAACAAGGAGUUCACAGUGAACAUCAUGGAUACCUGCGAGCGCUGUGACGGCAAGGGGAACGAGCCCGGCACCAAGGUGCAGCACUGCCACUACUGCGGCGGCUCCGGCAUGGAAACCAUCAAUACAGGCCCUUUUGUGAUGCGUUCCACAUGUCGGAGAUGUGGUGGCCGCGGCUCCAUCAUCAUAUCUCCCUGUGUGGUCUGCAGGGGAGCAGGACAAGCCAAGCAGAAGAAGCGAGUGGUGAUCCCCGUGCCUGCAGGAGUUGAGGAUGGCCAGACCGUGAGGAUGCCUGUAGGAAAGAAAGAAAUUUUCGUCACGUUCAGGGUGCAGAAAAGCCCCGUGUUCCGGAGGGACGGCGCAGACAUCCACUCCGACCUCUUCAUUUCUAUAGCUCAGGCUAUUCUUGGGGGGACAGCCAGAGCCCAGGGCCUGUACGAGACGAUCAAUGUGACGAUCCCUCCUGGGGUUCAGACAGACCAGAAGAUUCGGAUGGGUGGGAAAGGCAUCCCCCGGAUUAACAGCUAUGGCUACGGAGAUCACUAUAUCCACAUCAAGAUAAAAGUUCCAAAGAGGCUGACAAGCCGGCAGCAGAGCCUGAUGCUGAGCUACGCUGAGGAUGAGACGGACGUGGAGGGGACGGUGAAUGGCGUCACCCUCACCAGCUCUGGUGGCGGCACCACGGAUAGCUCCGCAGGAAGCAAGGCUAGGCGUGAGGCUGGGGAGGACAAGGAGGGAUUCCUUUCCAAACUUAAGAAAAUGUUUACCUCCUGAUCUCCCAGCCGAGGAAAACGAUCCACUGGAAACUAGGCCAGGAAGCAGCGGUCCCUCCUCGUGGCCAGGGCGCCUGGGAGACAGGAGGAUCCAGAACAGCAGCCCUGAGCUCCUGCCUGCAGAGCCUUCUGGACUGUCUUGCAACAGCAGAAUCACGUGACAACACAUCUCUCCCCGGAAAGCUCACAUGGACAGCCCCUGGUCAGUAAGCUGCAGCACUCUGAGGGCUGCUAGAGGUUUCCUGUCCACGGGUAGGUGACUCAGCAUCCUCUGGCUCUGGCAGAGUAAGACAGCUGGACUCUUACAGUGCUAAAAGUCUAAUUUGGAAUCGAAUGUGAUGGAGAUCUUAGUCAAAGAAUUAAAGGCCAUGCUUACAGCUUAAAAAUGAAGCCUUAAGCUGCACCGACUCAUGAAGUGAUUACUUUCCUCUCAGCAAACCUGCAGAGGUUCCAGGAUGGGUCCUUGCUGACAGAUGGUCUUCACCGGGAACCUGGGGCCCCCAGGCCCCACCAGCGCCAUCCUCCCCUGACAGGUUCUGCCGAGGCGUCAGUCGCUCUGCUUGGAGUUUGUUUUUAAUUCCCAAAGGUACCAGGCAGCUGCACAGUGGGUGCUUGGGGCCUGGGGGGCACAUACGAAGGCCCUGAGGGUCCCUGGAGGUUCCACUCCUGACCUCAGGGGUGGUGGCUGAUCCUCGUCAGGACGGUCGUCCUCCCUCCUGCCCCAUCCAGGAUGGUGCCUGUCCCCUACUGUUGAGUUCUGUUGUUCUAAGCCAGGCGUGGUGGGGUUCCUACUCUUCUGCUGAGCCACAGCCGCCGCGGCCACUGUGCCGGGCAGACCCCUGCUGCCUCAGGCGGGUACUCGGAGCCCUGCCACCGUGGCCAGCCGGGGCUUGGUUCUCACAUACACUGCUGACGCCUAUUUUCCAAAGGGUGUUUAGGUUAUUCAGUGCUAAUCAUUGUCUUUUCCUGUGUAAGUGUUUGUUCAGAAAAGGAACGCACAGUCUAAGCGGUGGAAGGUUCCCCCCGUUCAGCCAGAGCGAGACACCCAUUGCCCCAGCCCCUCUGGUAGCACGUUGUGGUUUCCCUGUGUUUCAGGAUCCUUGAGCUAUCGUAAGACAGGUCAAUGAAGAACACUUCUCGAGAGUUUCCUUUCUGUUUUCCUUUAUAAUUCACUAAAAUAAAGCAUCUAUUAGUGUCUGAUUUAAGAAUGUAAAAUGAUUCUGUAUUAAUGUAAAUAAGAUAAUCUACUGCAAAAAGAUAUUUAAAAUCUAAA